AUGGAGGUAGAGGGCAACAAUUCGAUCCCCGCAUCGCAUCGCGGUCAUGCCGUCCACUCGCCCCAGCUUCAACAACACCAUCAACAUCAACAGCAACCCCAGCAGCAGCAGCAGCAAUCUCCACAGUACUUGCAACCGACGAGUAGCGGCGGCGGAAGCUGGCGCGAGGCCUCGCCCUCCGCCGCAGCCCUGGCCGACCUCGACGGCCAGGGUCCGGGCCGACGACUGGUGCGCGGCCGAAGGCGGGCCGGCAGCGAAGCGUCGGCCUUCCCCCCAGUGCCCGUGGCAGCCGCUGGUACCCAUCCCUCCCAGGCCGGCGCGGCCAUGGCGUCGUCCUCCUCCACCUCCACCUCGAUGUCUUCCCUCAGCGACAGCGGCGAGCAGCGAGCUCAGCGAUCGUCGCUGUCGACGCCGCCUCUGCACUACCACCACCAGCAGCGCACGUCGUCGAUGGCCCAGCAGCAGCACCACCACACCCACUCGUCGCCGCUCGCGCAGCACCAGCUGACGUCGGCCCAGUACCACGACGAGCUCGAGCGCCUCCACUCGCCGCUACUCGGCGACGCGCCCCAGCAGCACCCCGGCGGGCUCCAGCUGCCGCUCGGCAUUCCCGCGCCGCUUUCACAGCAGCAGCAGCAGCAGCAGCAGAUGAUGCACCACCACCACCAUCAGCAGCAGACGCAGCAACAGCAGCACUAUGGCCAAGCGCAGCGCCAGAACAGCGGAAUCGUUCCUCAACAGCACCACCACCAUCACCAACAGCAGCAGCAACAACACUAUGGGGCGCAGCAGCAGCUGCAGGCCGUGAAGCAGCCACCGUUCGGUGAGCAGGACAUGGACGAGGACCAGCUCGGCGGCGAGAAGGAGGAGAACGUCAAGCGCGAGGGCGGACUGCGCGAGCCCACCGGCACCACGUGCCCCGAGUUCAGCUUCAACCUGCAGGGCCUCUACCCCGCCGAGCUGCGCGAGGACGGCGUGCGAUUCUCGGUCAUGUACCAGGUGCACUAUGUGCGUAUUUUCGAGGAGGCCGACGCGGUGCGGCUGGAUGGCGUGCGCGAGGCGGUGACGAGCUUUUGGCCCAAGACGCGUCGCUUCUUCAGCCUCUUCCAGUCGCCCAUCAUCGUGCACCAAAUCGUCAACAUCGACUACAUGCUCUACGACGCACUGGUCAACAUGCUCGUUCCGGAUCCCUUCCGAUGCGUGGCACCCGAAGUGUCGUCUGCGAUCAUCGAAUUGUCGCGACAGUUCCCCGCUUGGCUUCACAACGCCAUUCAGUUCGCCAUACCACUGGCCCUCACCGACGCCAAGAUCAGGGCGGUGAAAUACUUUUGUAAGACGCUGCACAAGCGCGCGAUGAUAAGCAACCUCGGUGGCCGCUUGACCAACCAUCUCAACGGCCUCCACCUGACGCCCGAGAAGCGUCAGCGAUGGAGCUCUCAGCUCCAACAGCAACAGCAACACGGCACUCACGAGGAUAGUGCCGACAUGUCCUCCCUCUCGCGUCGACGCAUGCUCCAAGAUUGGAUGGGUCUUGAUUUCGCGUUCAUCGCGGCGCAGACGUCGCUCUUCGAUACGCCCGACCGACCCUACUCGGUUCCCCUGCCCUCCACCCUGCUGCAGGACAUCACGCAACUGCUGGCCCACGAGGCCGGCGUCGAGCAGUGGUCCGAGUGGUUGCACGGGUCGAUCUUGGCCAACCACAUCUUUGCGGGCGAGCGCAAGGAGAGCAGCGCCAAGGCGCAGGGCGACCUCAUCCACGAUUUUGUCCUCAAGUGGUCCUUCUUCAGCGCCAACGUCCAGCAGGAGCUCACCUCCAUGCGGGCCGAAACCCUCAAGAUGUUCCGAUUGCUGUUCGAGUGGGUGGAGGCGGUGCUCAACCACCACAUGGAGCUGUCGUGGAAGAACCGCGGGCCGGCGGACGCCAUGUCGGCCAUGAGCCACCAGGCGAUGGCCCCCUCCGGCGGGCCUCCGCAGUCGGUCGUCGGCAGCCCCUCGCUCAUGCGACGACGCCCCUCGCCGCCGGACAUGACCGGCGCCAGCGGCAGCGCCGACCACUUUCACACCGUCGGCGCGGCGCCGCCCGCCGCGCAGCACCCCUACGGCGCAUCGCCGUUCUCGUCGCCCGCGGCCUCGCCCGUCAUGUCGUCGAUGCCGGGGUCGCCCCUCCAGUCGCGAACCGCGGCCGGCGGCCCCGCCGGGGUGGUGGCUGGCGGUGGCGGCGUCAGUGGCGCUGAGUCACCCCAGGCCAUGCAGAGCCGGCUCUACAUGCAAUCGCUGCACAACCAGCAGCAGAAGCAGAACGCGGCGCUGGCCGCCCAGCAGCAGCAGUCGGUCGCCUACCAGCAGAUGGGAUUCCCCGUCGGGCCGCAGCAGGGCGCCCAGCCGGGCUUUUGGGGCUUUGCGCCGAUGGCCGGGCCGGGCGGGGGGUAUUACGUGCCCGCCAACGCGGCGCCCCAGUAUGGCUAUCUCCCCAAGGAGAGCACCCAGGCCCUGAAGCAGCAGGUGGAUUUCUUGAGCCACAAGAUGUCGGAGGGAAGGGCGCCUCAUACGCGCGCCCACCGCAAGCACUCGAAUUCGUUCAACGCGGGGUCGCCGCCGGCCGGCGUGUCGUUCACGGUGACCCCACCCACCACGCCGCCGGCGCCGGGCCAGGGCCAGGGCCAGCAGGUGUCGGCCGCCCAGCCCUCGCGCGUCGGGUCGCACCCCAUCCAACCCACCCAGCAGCAACAGCAGCAGAUGCCCAUGGCCGCCGUGCCCUAUCCCCUCAAGCCGGUGGGCCUGGCCCAGCCGGUGAUGAUGAUGAACGGGCAGCCAGGCGGCGGCGUAAUGCACCCGCCAUCGAUGGUGGCGACCACCCCGCAGCGGCCGGCCACGUUCGAAGACGCCAGCGGUGGCGGCGGCGGCGGCGGCGUCGGCGCCAGCGUGCCCGCGUCGGGCUAUCGACCUCUCAUCCCUUCGCCCCUCGCGCAGCACUCCCUCUCCCCGCGCUCUCCGCAGGGCCAGCAGCCCAACACCCUCCCUCGUCAGCAGCCGCAGUCGCAGCCGCAACAGCAACACGGCGGCCAGGCACGCCAGGGCGCACACAUGCGCUCGAGCGGGGAUUCGAUGGACUAUGCGGGUAUGGAUGGCAGCGGAGGCGGAGGCGAGGCGAGCUACGCGGCGAUGAUGGCCGCCACCGCUGGCGGCGGCUCCUCCACCAUGGGCGGGCAACAGGGCAGCAACGCUUCACCACAGCAGAUUCGUCGCACCCUCAGCAAGUGA